GAUCUUGAGCGAAAAGAUGAAGAUGAUCGGGUAACUGUUGCGAUCAAACCUUUGAUGAUCUCGUUUAAGGUGCCUGCCCCUUACCACUCGAACUCAUUCCACAACUGGUUGGAUAUCGUUGAUACCCUUUUAUCGUUUCACAUUACUCCGGCCUCAUUUUUGGAGGAUUCAUGA